AUGUCGUACGAUGUGAUAUUUGCAAGCAAGAACCACUUCAGCACUUCUGAAAUAGUUGUGAGAUUCGUUUGUGCAAUAAUUGCGUCGUCAACCAGUUCAGGGUCGAUAGAAGGGCAUACCAUAGUACAGUACAAAUAUAGAGAUGUCAGGAAUAAACGGCCUAAGCACAACGACCAUUUUGUGAAAAGUUUAGAAAAAGCCAAAGACAAAAGUCUUGAGAAGAAUAACAAGAGUUUAGAGAAAGAUAAACCGUGGUCUUGUUCACAAAGUACAUAUAAAAAUCCACUGAAAAUGGCAGACUGUCAGAUGUGUGGAAGUGAAAAAUCCCACAGGAAACACUUUGAUCCAAAUCUCAUCACUCCUCUAAGACAACCAAGCUUCCUGAUGGAGGAUAUCCGAAAAAUCGAGGAAAACGAGGCCCUGGAACUAUGGCAACACAUCACUUUGUUCUGUAGACAGCACAACGACCAUUUUGUGGAUGAUUUCUUUCCUCCCAUUCCAUAUUCUGUCUUUAUCAAUGAGGACAAACCCUUCACAAAGACCCCCAUACAAUGGCUACGCCCGACGGAAAUCGCCACAUCUUAACGAGGAGACGAGAAGGUCAAAUGGGCAGUGUGUAGGACACCCCUACCAGACGACAUCUCUCAGGGACUUCUAGGAAAUGGCUGGUUCCUCAGUGCCCUGGCGGUCUUGGCAGAGCGUCCUGAACUCGUAGAAAACAUCAUUCUGACUAAGGACUACUGUCCACAAGGGGCCUACCAAAUCCGCCUGUGUAAGGACGGGAAAUGGCAGAUUGUCCUGAUUGACGACCUGUUACCUUGUGAGCACCACAAACGACUCGUCUUCUCUCAGGCUAAGAGAAGACAACUGUGGGUGCCUCUGAUAGAGAAGGCUAUGGCUAAGUUACAUGGCAGCUAUGAGAGUCUAGUAGCAGGGAAGUGUAUAGAGGGUCUGGCUACCUUAACAGGUGCCCCCUGUGACAACAUAGAGCUUCAGCCUGGACCACCGAAAAAUCGAAGAGAUCCUAAAUUAAUCUGGGCCAAACUUCUCAGCUGUAGGGAGUCAGGAUUUUUAAUGGGGGCUUCCUGUGGAGGAGGUCACAUGAAAACAGCCGACAAAGUUUACGAGGAGAAAGGACUGCGACCUCGUCACGCCUACUCCAUUCUGGAUGUCAAGGACAUUGAUGGAAAUAGGUUGUUAAGGUUACGUAAUCCUUGGGGGCGGUUUUCUUGGAAUGGGGAUUGGAGUGACAACUCGACUAAGUGGGCCAACAUUAGCAGCCGGGCCAAACAGGACCUGAUGUUGUACGGGCACACAUCAGGCGUGUUCUGGAUAUCACUGGAAGAUGUUCUCAAAUACUUUGACAGUGUGGACAUAUGUAAGGUGCGUCCUGAUUGGAGGGAGACUCGAGUGGAGGGGACAUUCCCAGUUAAUGCCAGAGAGGUUUUCAAAAUGGUCAAGUUGACUGUGCUCUACACCACAGAGGUGGAGGUGGGCGUAUUUCAUGAGGGGUUCAGGAGCAAAGAUAACAAAAACGCAGCUGACCUUUGUGUACUGAUUUUCCGGGAAUCACCUAAUGGGGACCAGGCGUUCGGCCCCCUGGUGGCGUGCAGUAAUCGUAAGUUUCAGAGUUUUGUUGGGUGUAACACAAUGCUAGAACCUGGGGAAUAUUUGGUUCUACCUCUGGCAUUCAAUUUCUGGAAUUAAUCUAUCAAGCCCUCAGAGCGAUACAGCUACGUGCUGUCUGUCCACAGUUCUAAGGCAGUAAUGGUGGGGGAGAUAGAGACCAGGACUCAGAAAUACGAGUACACCCUCGCUGAUGCUGUUAUACAGCUCGCUAUGGCCAAGGGAAAACAAGACGGGGUAGGUAAUAUGUGUGAAGGUCAUUAG